AGCCGAUUCGGAUUCUGCUUGAGCUACCUUCUUUUAAGUUAAGGCCGGAGUGAGGGUUAACUGAUUGAAUGGGGCGUAACUGCUAUUUCACCGCUUAGCCUUAGCGACUCGGAACUCAAGGGUUUCGGUGAAAAAGAAUAGGUUCAGGUCUUAGUUCAAACAAAUAGGAGCUCUUCUUAGCUCGAAAGGGUAACUUGUUGCGAAGAAUCCUGUUAUCGAAUUCGCUCUUUGCUUUGAAGGAAGCAGGCGCAAGGGAACCUCUUUGAAGGCUUGAAGGAAGAAGGGCUUUAGUUAGGCAGCGAAUCUUCAUUGAAGUGAUGUUAGCUAGGUCCUUUCCUCAAGCCAGUCUUGAAGCAGGAAGUUUUGUACCUUGAAGGUAUGUCCUGGUAUUUUGACUUGACCUCAAAUCAUAUACUUCAACCAGUUAUAUAGAAAGAAGGUCAACCAGCCAGCUUGGUUGCCUUUAUGCCAUUCCAGCUUCUCCCCCAGCUAUUGAUUAGCCGGAAUAACAUAAAGGUCUUUCCCCCGUCGUAUAGAUAAAAUAGCAAAGCGGUCCAAGACCCUACCAGCAAUCUCAAGUUAUGGUUUUUGUUUUGAGACCGGGUGAAACAACUCCCUCUUUUCCUUGCUCUCAAGCGUUUCAAUAUCCAUUUAAACCUCAAGAGAAAUCAUUCGUCGGGAUGCAAGCUUGGAAGGAAGGUCUCCCUGUUGAAGCCAGUCAUCUUGUACGCUAGGAGACCCUGUUUAUCAAACCAAGCCUUUUUCAAGCUCAUAAGGCCUACGAUCAAGUAGUUUUCAAGCCCGUACAAUCUUUUCCCUGAAAGUCAAGCACCAGUCCAGAAAAAAAGUCUUUCUAAAGUAAGCUGAGGAUAAGAGUUAGUUAGGCCCUGUAAACCCAUUGCUUUUCCCGCCUCUUUCUAUUUCCGAGUUGCUUCGCUACUUAUCUUCUAGCCAGUUUUCAGCAAGUGAGGGCUGACCCAUUUUAGCUUAACAACCGAAGGAGCCGGUCAAAAGAACGAGUGAGCGAAAGCGAACGAAAACGAGAGGUCUAAGGUGAGUUCCCAAGUCUUGAAUAGAUAAAAAUAAGAAUAAUAAGAGAAAGAUUCUUGA